AUGCCGCGCCACCACCAUAUCCUCCGCCGCAACCACAACCAACCCGACACGUCCUCCCCAUCGGACCUUCAAUAUCAACAGCGACAACAACAACACCACCAGCAACAGCAACAGCAACCACCUCCAGCGCCCCAACGGAUCAACCGCGCCCGUCUCGGCCAAAGCCACCAUGAAACCCCCACCUCCCAGUUCCAGACUCCCCCCUCGCGCGGCUUUCCCAUCCCCCGACUUCACCCCUCCUCGGGACCCAUAGACGACCCAACCCACCCGCUGCAUAGUCACCAGCAAGCCCAACAAGCGCAGCAGCAGCAGCAGCAGCAGCAGCAGCAGCGCCAACAACACCCUGCCGCCGCCGCCGCACAAGUCGCAUUGUUCUCGCUGUUCGGACGCGGGGUCCACGGCCGGGGCCACGGGGAUCCACGGCACCAACACCCGCCGCACGACCGGAUGGAGCGGGAUGAGGAGGAGGACGACGAGGAAGAGGACGAGGACGAGGACGAGGACGAGGACAUCGAUGAUUCAAUGCAGCAGCAUCGGUAUCCCUCUUCUCAUCGACAUCUCCGCCAUGGUCAUCGCCAUUAUCAUGGUGUAGGCGAGACGGGCCAUGACUCGGAGAGAGAAGUGGACGAAGACGACCGGAGACUCAGUCUUCAUACCGCGGAUGACGGAGGGGAAUUCGAGGCCGAUGAGGAGGAAGAAGAAGAAGAAGAAGAGGAUGAGGAUAUGCUCGCGGAUCCGGAAGUCGAUGAUGGCGAUGAGGAGAUGUUAGGCGAGAGAGAUAAAUCCCCCACCCCGCUCCCCGCCAACCUCCGCGAGAUCUCCUCCCUCGCCUCGUGGACCGUCUCCACUCACAAGCCGGGCUGCGGUGUCAGCGCCCUCCGCCACCCGUCCCCGGCCCAGUACUGGCAGUCCGACGGCCCGCAACCCCACACCCUGACCCUGCACUUCUUCAAGCUCGUUGCCGUGGUGCGCAUCCGCGUGUACCUGGAUUUCGAGAUGGAUGAGAGCUAUACCCCGACCAAGAUGGUGUUUCUGGCUGGCAUGGGAGGCAAUGAUCUCGUCGAGUUCGCGACCUGGGAGGGUGAGGGGCCCUGCGGGUGGGUGGAUGUGGAGUUGGAAGGGGUCGGCGGGAGGAAUACGGUGCAUUCAUUUGGGGAGGCCCCGAGUGGAGGGAGUAGGAGGAGGAGGAAGGGGAUGGGAGCGAGGGGGAAACGGAAGGGGAUGGGGGAGAGUCUGUAUGAAGAUGCGAGGGCUUAUCGGAAUGAGGAGGAGGAUGACGAUGACGAGGAAGAUGACGACGACGACGAGAACGAUCCGUAUGCUGGGAACGUGCUCAAGGCCAUGGUCAUUCAGAUGAAGGUGACCGAGAACCAUCAGAAUGGCAAGGACACUCAUGUCCGUGGCUUCCAGGUUUUUGCACGCGAUGACGAGCGCAAGAGGCUGGCCAAUGCCCCGUCGGCGUCGGCGGAUGGCAGAGUGCGACGUCACAGUGCGCGUCGUUCAUUGCGGGGGAGUACGCAUGAUGAGAUGGCUGAGGGAGCCGGUGGUGGAGGACGUGAACAUGCAGUUGCUGACGCUGAGCGCGCCGUGACGGGAGUGGUGACCAGUCUGGAGGAGCCGGAUUGGAUGGGCGAGCCGGUCAUUAGGUAGCUGGUAGGUGGUGGGCGUUCGCUUGCAUCGCAUUUGUAUCGGAGUUGGCUGGUAGAUACCCUUAUUCUGUCUAUUUGAAC